AUGCUGAUUUGGAAUGAUUAUAGUGAAGGUGAAGAAGAUGGUCAUGGACAUUAUGGAGCCAAUUGUCAUUAUUGUGAUAAAGGAAGGUGGCAGCGUAACAAGCUUUCAGUUAUGGAAGCUCAUUUGAUACUUCAUUGCAAGGAACAUGUACCAGAGGAUAUUAGAAAAAAAUGGUUAAUUGAAGUUGCUAAAAGAGGUGAAAAAGCGAAUAAUGAUAAAGAUAAUGAUGUUCCAAUUGAAAAAAAAGUCAAAACUGUCAAUCAAUUAAUUACUUCACACUAUAGACCUACUGAAUCAAUAAAGAAAAUUUUAAAACAAGCAAAUACUCUAGUCUUAUUUUUUCAAAAAUCUCAUUUAGCAAGUUGGGUUCUGCAAGAUACAAUUGCAUUAAUGAAUAUAAAAGAAGGAUCAUUAGAAACAUAUUGUGAAAUGCACUGGGGGUCUAUUUACAAUACAACAAACUCUAUUGUUCAUAUUAGACCUGCUAUUGAGAAGAUCCUUGAAGAAAAACCAGAUAUAUUUUCUAAUCAAGAAGUGUUUAAGAUUGCAAAUGAUAUACAUGAUAAUUUUUAUACUUCUUGCAAAAGAAUCGUUUCGGUCUUUGAACCAAUUAAAAAUUUUCAUAAUAUUUGUAAUUUGGCAGUUAACUAUUAUAAAGAUUUAUUUCAUAAAGAAGAAGAGUGCAAUGAAUUAGUAGAUCAAUUAAUUAGAUAUAAAGCAGAAGUUGAAUUUUGGAAUCUUGAAUCUUCUUCUAACUUAAUUCCUUCUUUAUGUGCAUUAAGUAAAAUAGUUAUUUCAGAAAUUGAUUAUUCUAAUUCAAUUAAGAAAAAUGAAGAGGAAGUAGAAAUCAUAAGCUUUGCUGAAAGUGAUAUUACAAUGGCACUUCAAAGUUUAGUUAAUCUAUCAGACUAA